AUGCCUGGCGCCGUGACUGCCCCGCAGACUUUGUACGACAAGGUCCUCAAGGCGCACACUGUCGAUGAAAAGGAAGAUGGAACUAUUCUCCUGUAUAUCGAUCGCCAUCUCGUUCACGAAGUGACGUCGCCGCAAGCCUUUGAGGGUCUCAGAAACGCUGGGAGAAAAGUUAGGAGACCAGAUUGCACCCUCGCUACCAGUGACCACAACGUCCCCACGACCUCGCGCAAAAACUUCAAGGAUGUCUCUAGCUUCAUUGAAGAUGCCGACUCUCGCACCCAAUGCGCCACCCUCGAAGAGAACGUGCGCGAUUUCAAUCUCACAUUCUUCGGUCUCGACGAUGACAGGCAAGGCAUUGUCCACAUCAUUGGCCCUGAGCAAGGGUUCACACUGCCAGGAACCACCGUCGUGUGUGGCGACAGCCAUACAUCAACGCACGGUGCGUUCGGUUCCAUCGCCUUUGGCAUCGGUACCAGUGAGGUGGAGCACGUCCUCGCGACGCAGACUCUCAUCACGAAGCGAAGCAAAAACAUGAAGGUCCAGGUGGACGGAGAGCUUGCCCCUGGAGUUAGCAGUAAGGACAUUGUCCUGCACAUCAUCGGUCAGAUCGGUACCGCUGGCGGCACUGGUGCUGUCAUUGAGUUCUGCGGUUCGACCAUUCGCUCUCUCAGCAUGGAGGCGAGAAUGUCGAUGACCAACAUGUCCAUCGAGGCGGGUGCGCGUGCUGGCAUGAUUGCCCCUGACCAGACCACUUUUGACUAUCUCAAGGGUCGCCCGCUGGCGCCCAAGUACGACAGCAAGGAGUGGAAGCGUGCCGUCAAGUACUGGUCCACACUCAAGACAGACGAUGGCGCCAAGUUCGACAGAGAAAUCUACAUCAACGCGCGCGACAUUCCGCCCACCAUCACCUGGGGAACCUCCCCUCAAGACAUUGUCCCCAUCACAGGUGUCGUUCCAGGUCCCGGCGACUUCUCUGACCCCAGCAUGAAGAAGGCCUGCGAGCAUGCGCUGGAAUAUAUGGGACUGACGGCCGGCACACCCAUCGAGGACAUUGUCAUUGACAAGGUCUUCAUUGGUAGCUGCACCAAUGCGCGCCUCGAAGAUUUGCGCUCCGCGGCUAGAGUUGUGGAAGGCAAGCACAUUGCUUCCAACAUCAAGCGUGCGAUGAUUGUCCCAGGAUCCGGCUUGAUCAAAAAGCAGGCUGAGCGCGAAGGUCUCGACAAGAUCUUCCUUGAUGCUGGAUUCGAGUGGCGCGAGGCUGGCUGCUCCAUGUGCUUGGGCAUGAACCCCGACAUCCUCGCUCCCAGGGAGCGCUGCGCCUCCACCUCGAACCGUAACUUUGAGGGCCGUCAGGGCGCUGGCAGCCGUACGCACCUCAUGUCACCUGUCAUGGCAGCGGCUUGUGCCCUCGUUGGGAAACUAGCGGAUGUCCGCAAGGUGGCCGAGCCCCACAACGCGUCGCCUGUCAAAGCCGAGCCUCAGAUCGCCAUUGAAGACACGCACAUUGAGGAUCUCGAUACCGAUGAGGACCUUGACCGCAUUCUGGAUGUGCCUGAGGAUGAUCACACCCCCCACGGCGGUGCCCCGGCAACGUCGGCAGGCAUGGUGAAGUUCACCCAGCUCAAGGGCAUCGCGGCUCCUCUGGAACGUGCCAACGUCGAUACGGACGCCAUCAUCCCGAAACAGUUCCUCAAGACCAUUAAACGCUCUGGUCUGGGUACGGCGCUGUUCCACCAGUGGCGGUACAACACGGAGACCAUGGAGGAGAAGCCUGACUUUGUGCUGAACCAGGAGCCUUACCGCCACGCUAAGAUUCUAGUCGUCACAGGCCCCAACUUUGGCUGCGGCUCGUCGCGAGAGCACGCCCCCUGGGCCCUCCUCGACUUUGGUAUCCUUUGCAUCAUUGCCCCCUCCUUUGCCGACAUUCACGAGUCGAACCUCUACAAGAACGGUAUGCUGCCCAUUAAGCUCGAGCCGGAGCCACUGGAGCGCGUGGCUGCAGAAGCACGUGCUGGUCGUGAGGUCGAGGUGGAUCUGCCCGCACAAGUGAUCCGUGCGGCUGAUGGCACGGAACUCGCAAAAUUCGACGUCGAGAGUUUCAAAAAGCACUGCUUGAUCAACGGUCUGGACGACAUUGGUCUGACCUCGCAAAUGGAGCCUCAAAUCAAGGCGUUUGAGAAGCGCCGCACGCAAGAGACACCGUGGCUCGAUGGGUCGGGCUACCUCAAGAGGGAUGGGCCCGUCAAGGUUGAGGCUGCCCCAGUGCCGAAGACUAAUAGGGGCGACGUGAAGGGUGACCCCAUGGAGUGGUAG